UUCGGGCAGAGCCUUCCUCAUCAUCGUCAACGUCGUGCACGCAUACAAUGGGAGGAGGUGCAAGAUAUCCUUACCCAAAAUCUGUCUGGUCGCCAGCUGGUGGCUGGUGGACUAGACCCUCGAACUGGAAGUCAAAUACCACUAUAUUCUCUCUAGGCGCAACCGCCAUACUAUACGGUGUAUUCCAGCUCAGUUCAGCUAAAGAGCAUCGAUAUAUUUUGCCUAAGAAAGAUGGCGAUUCAUGGACAUUCUCGUUUUCCAAGCAACUUCGGGAACUCAAAGAGAAGGAGAAGAGCUAGAACUAUCUUAUGGAAGAUGUAAUUCCCUACCUGUCGCAGGAAAUCUACACUACCUUCCGUUACGCCUUCCCAGUGGCAGUGGAAACAACGCUUGAGAUAUCGUGCUGAGAAGCCUUGCACUUUAAUUCGCCGUGUUUGGUAGGAGUGUUAUAGUGGCUGUCCUUCUAAAUCAAAGAGUCGAGUUUGAAGCUGUUGGAGUUGGAAUGCUGCAUGGCCUGAAGCUCUUGCGCAGCUAUCAGAUCCGACCCACAAACGUCGUACAUUAUUGUUCGACAGCCUGCAGGCAACCUGUAAGUAAGCUUUCACACGAGUCGAGAUUGAAUAGCCACCAGUUACUUUCGCAG